AUGUAUGCUAGUUUUGGUUUGUCUAAUGAGAUCAUGAUUCUGUUUGAUGAAAUUCCUGAACCAGAUAUCGUUUCUUGGAAUGUGAUUAUUGAUGAUCUUGGUCAAAAUGGUUGUUUUUAUGAGGUUCUUGGUGCAGUCAAUGAGAUGUUUCGAUACGGAGUUGAGCCUAACUCGGUUACACUUCUUGGACUUGUCUCGUCGUGCUUAAAAACGGGGGAUUUUGGUACAGGGAAGUUAAUUCAUUUGUAUGUAAUAAAGAAAGGGAUACACAUUAGUGAGAAUCUUGGAAAUGGUUUGAUUGAUAUGUAUGCUAAGUUUGGUGAUAUGGAAUCAGCUGACAAACUGUUCGAUAGGAUACAAAUGAAGACAGUGGUAACAUGGACUUCACUUCUUGUUGGUUUUAUACAAAAAGGUGAACUAGAAAAAGCUAGUGUGAUUUUUACUCAUAUGCCCAAGGAUACUACCGCUUAUAAUGUCAUGCUUAAUGGAUAUGCUGAGGCUCGCGAUAUGAGUUCAGCUGAAAUGAUCUUUAAAGCAAUGCCAAAUAGAGAUUUGGUUUCGUGGAACACUAUGAUUGUUGGCUAUACUCAGAACAAGAAGUAUAUGAAGUCCUUAGAGCUGCUAAGAGAAAUGCUUAGUUUCGGAUUGAAACCUGAUCGGAUAACAUUAGUCGGGUUGUUCUCAGUAUGUGGAUACGCAGGUGUACUGCGUGUUGGUGAAGCCGUUCAUUCUUUUGCAGAAAAACAGGACAUAAAAGAGGAAGAAGUUGAGGUAGCCUUGUUAGAUAUGUAUAGCAAAUGUGGUGAUCCUGAGAAAGCUCUUAGAGUAUUUGAAACGAUACCAAGAAAGUCGGUGUUAGCUUGGACUAACAUGAUUGUAGGACUAGCAAUGAAUGGUCUUGCAAAUGAAGCUCUAAUGUUGUUCAAUCAAAUGUGUAAUGAGGGAAUAAAGCCUAAUGAGAUAACAUUUUUAGGUGUUUUAUGUGGUUGUAGUUAUGCAGGUUUAGUAAAAGAAGGUAAAUGGUUGUUCAAUGCAAUGAGUCAAGUACAUGGUAUUACACCAAGAUCUGAGCAUUAUGGUUGUAUGGUAGAUCUUCUUGGCCGAGCCGGUUUGCUAAAGGAGGCAGAGAUGUUUAUUCAAGAAAUGCCAGAAAAGGCUGACGUUGGAAUCUGGGGUGCAUUAUUAGGAGCUUGUAAAAUGCAUGGUGAGGUUCAAUUAGGUGAAAAGAUAGCCAAGAUUGUGACUCAAAUGGACCCUUAUCAUUCGGGGCGUUACAUUCUUCUUUCCAAUAUUUAUGCUGCAGAAAAUAGAUGGAUUGAUGCUGAAAAAGUCAGAAAGAAGAUGAAACGUUCAGGUAUACAUAAAACUCCAGGCUUCAGCUUGGUUGAGAUGAAAGGUGAAAUGCAUCAAUUCAUAGUAGGGAAUCCUUCUCUAUGA